AUGGCUGAGGAAAAUCCGGGCGUACGGACACCGCAAGAACUCCGCCGACGCAAGGGCACAAUGCAAUCGCACCAAUUGAGCCGGAACGUCGGGCACGAUCGCGCCUCGACGGAGCAAAGUGAUCGAAAGGGAACACCAGCUGCCGCAGUAGCGCGUGAGGAGUCGCGUGAGGAGUCGCGUGAGGAGUCGCGUGAGGAGUCGCGUGAGGAGUCGCGUGAGGAGUCGCGUGAGGAGUCGCGUGAGGAGUCGCGUGAGGAGUCGCGUGAGGAGUCGCGUGAGGAGUCGCGUGAGGAGUCGCGUGAGGAGUCGCGUGAGGAGUCGCGUGAGGAGUCGCGUGAGGAGUCGCGUGAGGAGUCGCGUGAGGAGUCGCGUGAGGAGUCGCGUGAGGAGUCGCGUGAGGAGUCGCGUGAGGAGUCGCGUGAGGAGUCGCGUGAGGAGUCGCGAUUGAAGGCCCUGCCUUUGCGUUGCUUGCGCCAGAGUAAAGGCAGGGCUGCUGUCAUCAAGGUGCAACAACCGUAG